AUGUUGGGUAUUUCACCGUGCAAUAGUGCUACCGCCACUGAUUUUCCGACACUCCGUGAAGGCAACAGCGGCACAGACGUGGCCGUGGUGCAGCUGCUGCGUUCAAGUGUCGCAGUGUCCCGUUCGGAGGCAGAGAGAGGGCGAAGUUUCACUCUCUGCAUUGCAGCCUGGGCGCUGCUGCCGGAACCCAACACAACAAUGGCGACUCCCAGUCCUGACAGCAACUCUACCAGCUCCAGCAACAGCGGCAGCAUUAUCGGAUCCACGUCGCACCAUUUUCACCAGCAGACACAGAGCAGCAGUAUGCAAGGUGGGUGACUAUUACCUUUAUUUCGUGUUUUUCUGUUUCACCUGGGGACGCUGGAGUUAGGGGAAAAGGUAGCUUGUAGCUUCCCAGAAACCACAGUCAAGAAACAGCGGUUACCUGUGUAUUUCCGGUUAGAAUUUUCAAAAUAAAUCUCUGUGCGCUUUCGUUAUCCCUAUUAGGUAUGUGGUAUAGUUUUAGGUGAGUUAAAUUGAAAUUUUAAAAAAAUAUUUUUUUAGGUAAAAGUACUACAGAAACUUUUAUCUGUUAUCUACUAAGUUCUGUUUUGUAUGUAUAUGUAAUUUGUGGUAGCCGACCAGCCCACAGUUUUGUAAGGCCAUUUCUGUUAAUAACUUGCCAGCGCCACCAUGAAUUGUAGGCCAUAAAUGUCGUCCAUGCAUUUUAUAAUACUCAACUUAUUGUAAAUAUAGGGUGACUUUUUGUUUUAAGUCACGAAGUUGGUUGCUUUAUCACAAUGUAGACUUUAAUGUUGAAAGCUAAAGCUCACUGUUUCCGGCUGAGCCGCGCUUUUAGGCUGUCGCUUGACAAAGCUACUUAGCUAACGGGUUAGCAGUGAUGCAGGAGGUGCUGUGGAAGUACCAGACCUGUAGUUAAAGUGUUUGUAACCGUGUUAAAGAAGGAGAUUCUGGAUAUAAUCAACAAUUUGGAUCCCAGUAUUUUUAUUAGCCUUAAGAUGCAUCUAAUGAAUCUGUAUCCACCGAUGUUAACACAACCAGAGAGCUAGUAACACCAAGGCCUCCUCUCCCCCUUACGUGAACCAGGCCACUGUCUAAAAAAUAAAUGAAGGCAAUAAAACAGUCCAUGUAACAUAAAGAUACAAUAUUCUUCACUUAAACAUUAAUAUUUUCAUAAUGAAAAAUGAAUACCAGACCCCUCACAGAGCUCGUUAUUAUUUAAUGUUAUCUUUGUUCUCAUUAAAUGAAGCAAAGCUUAAUUAAAUGCAGCAAAUCUGAGACCUGAACUGAUUUACAGAGGACACAGUCAAAACUACAAGAAACACAUAUUAAAAUUUAGUAGUGUAACAAAGAAGAAAAAGCACAGUCACGGUUGGCUAUGAAACAAGGAAAACGCACAUUUAAAAUACACAAACCAGCAAUUUUUUCAUUUAAAAGAAAUGACUUGGCUUCAAUUUCCAGGUUGUAAAUCAGUGUCUGCAAAUAUACCUGCCUGCCUUUUAUAAAUAAUCACAAGAGGUGAAACAGCAACGGACAAGUGAAUUAAUAACACUCCUCUGACUCGACAUUGUAUUUUCUUAUAAUAUAUUUGUCAUUUCCUGCAGUCAAAGUCUAAGAUCUUGUUUUAUGGUCUUAAUUUAAGAAUCCUUGUGCAGACAAAUAUUCGUAGCAUUGUAUUAUGGAAAAACAACAUCGCAACAAUGUUUGUUUUUAAUAAUGUGAUAGCAUAAACUGAACACAUUAGCUUUUAAUAGAACCAGUCUCAUAAAACUGUUCAUUACUUAUCAUAUUUAGGUACAUUUGAUCCAAACAGAAACAAAGAAGUAUGAAUACUUUAUCCACAAAUGCCAAGCCCGGUCAGGUUAAAACAUGCAGCUCAAUGAUAGAAGUUUCUAGAUUUUGUAGUAGCUGACUAAUAACUUUGAUACGUUGAUAAGAGCUACAACAGUCAUCUGUCUGCUCAGAUAUGCUAUAUGGCACAAUGGCAUACAUUUAUUUAAGUAGUGUGAUUAAGCGUGUCGUUUCAAGUCCUUGCAAGUCACAGAAGUAUCUUCAUCUCAUGCUAUUAAUACUGCUCUGUAGUGCAGUAGUAAAUGUUGGCUUUUCCCUUGCAAAUCAACAGUUGGAAAUAAUUCUGACUAAUACACUUAGAGAAAAUGACUAAAAGCUGUAGCUGAAAUAAACAAUAUUUACUUUUUCAAUUCAGUUGAAACUAAAACAAGACACACUACCUCAAAGGUGAGACAGAACAGAAAAACCAAAGAAAAAAAAUCAACAAACAGUAACUAAUAUAAUGAAAACAAUGAAAAUAAAUCUAAUUUAACCCACACUGUAAACCAACAACAUCCUCAGUAACUUCAUAUCUCUUAGAGUUAACUAUAGUGCAACCUACAUGUGAAAUAAACCAGAUGUUUAUUAUAUUAUGAUCUCUCUAUGUAGGGCUGUGGAGAACAUCAGGCAGUGUUGAUAUGAGAUGUGUUGAUGGCAGCUGCUGGAUAAUGGAUGUUUUUUAUUGGUUACCUGACUUUACAACCCUUUUUGAAUAAUAAAAGCAGUAUACGGUCAUAAAUCCAGUGGUCAGAGUUGCAUGAAAUCACUGUGUGGCAGAUGUUUGGUAUCAAAUGUUUUAUCUAAACCUUUCAGAAACCAACAGCUGCUGGAGGUGUCAGAAUGAAACAGGUAUUCACAUUUAUUUUACCAGCUUUCAGUCUGCAGGUUUUUUAUCUUCUUUGUGUUCAGCAAAGAAAACCCUUCAGAUGUUCCUUAUCCACCUCCCCUUCCUUUUUGAUCAUCUUUCUGUUCGUUUCAACAUUAUUUUCCUUUUGUUUGAUUUUUUGUAAAACCUGAUUUAUUUAUCCUCAUGUCUGCAUGAUUUAAUCCAGUUACCAUGUUAAGAGUGAUAUUCUGUAGACACAGUCGACAGACCCCGUUAAAUGAGACACACUGCUUCAAACUUAACCUGUCAGGAGAUCUUGCAGAAACACAGAUAAGGAAAUAUUUGUCUUGAAGUGACACAUCCGCAUUCUUAAUGGUAUAUCACUGUUAACAUCUGAUCUACAGCUGCUCUUCUACUGCUUAUAAAAUCUUAAACAUCCCACAAAGUAUGUUGACAUUUGACUCAAGGCAAGCUUGAAGAAGGAAUUUGCAGCCUACAUAGGGCUGGGCGAUAAAACGAUAAUGAUAUAUAUAUCAAAAAUUAACUUCCCUCGAUAUCGAUAUGAAACAUGGUCAAUAUGCUUUUUAAUAGCCGGCAUUCUGCCAUGUUUUGGUAGACUAUACAAAUAUCCAAUGAAAAGGAGGUAUUUCGUUUUUGGUUUUUUUUAGGUCAGACAUAAAGCAGAGUAGUGUGCACUGCAAAUUAUGUCAAGUACAUGUUAAAUUUCAUUUAAGAGUAAAGGUCCUUACACACAAAUAUACGACACAAAAUUACGAAAUAUUCAGAUAUAAAGCAUAUUUAUAUAUAUAUAUAUAUAUAUAUAUUUGUGUUUUUUUAUCAAAAAGCACUCUGUUCUCUGACACGUAAACAAUCAGCUAGGGAUAUACCGGUGAAUCAGACGUUGCAACAACACGUAAUCUGAUUGGUCAGAAGUGGACACCCAAUAUGCGAAACUUUAACCCGUGAUCUGGAAAAAUAAAUGCCGCAAUAUCACAGGACAGGAAGACGUCGCUGAUGUGAACGCUUGUAUUGACAGGAUAGGGGUUCAAAAAAAGAUAUUGACGUCUGGAAUAAUCGCAUGAAAAAACGCUCCUGGUGUGAAAGGACCUUAUAGGGGAACAUUUAAGAUUGACAAGUGAUUUUUUUUAUAUCGUGAUAAAUAUCGAUUGACUGACAUGAAAAAAAAAUAUCGCGACAAACUUUUUCCCUUAUCGCCCAGCCCUAACCCUACAAUAUCUUAUCAUCUGUGCAACAUACAAACAGCUUUUAUUAAUGUCUCAUAAUGCUGGGAUUAUCAUUUAGUAAUGCUAUAGGACAGCGUCUUAAAGGGACAAGAGAACAUAGCCUACCUACACAAAUCCAAAACCAACUUUUAUUUAUGAAUUUUUUUGACACAGAAUAUAUUGACAUGGGCAAAAUGACAUUGGUUAUUGUAACCAUGUUUGAUUGUUUAUUCUAAUAAAAGCCAAAAAGAGCAGCAGCUGGAUAGAGUGGUUAGAGUGAUGUACCACUUAGAAUCAGCAUAUGCCACCAAGAGAUGUCAAACCUCAACCGCUCAAAGGUCUCACUGUUAAUGUAACAAGGUGUCAAAGAAAUGGCUACAGAAGAGGUGACCUGAAGUGAUCACACACACAACGAAUGAACAGUUUCCUGCCACUGGACUAAUAGAAGUGAUUUAGUUCUCAUCCCACUGGAGGAGCCAUCGUUUCAGCUACUGUUGCAUGGCAGCACACCCACCCAGGCCCACCUGAACAUGGUGCUUCUUUACACCAGUCACCCGAUUUUAAUCCCACGUUCAUUAUUGGCUUUUGAUGGGAUGUCACAUAUUGAUCAUGACUCUCUCACACUCAAACAAACAAACAAACAAACAAACAAACAAACAAACAAACCCAAAGAACAUGUAGUGAAAUGUUUUUUUUCUUUACUUCAGGGUUUCAGAUAAGCCUGUCUGCAGUUUCCCAAAGUAAGCCAUAGACUCACACACAAAAGCACACCGACCUCUGCUCUCUGUGGGUGCAUCUCAGUAGUCUAAAGCGGUUUCCUUUUCUUUAUGGAGAUGUGUUUGGGAGCCGCUGUAAACUACUGACCAGCCUGUGUGGUGCUCUGGUAGUUGGGGAGUCUGUCCACUGUUCACUGCUGUCACAAAAUCAGCCAUGGCAAAAAAAUGAAUACGAGAAUUGCACCGGGGCUUAGAGAUUAAAGGAUUUGUUUGCACUGAAGAGCCUGUUGAACAGGGCAUGGCGAAGACGACUCAACACUUAAACUAGGCACAAAGCAUCAAAAUCAAACAGAUACCAAGAUGCAUUUCAGUAAUGGACUGUUCAAGGAGUGGAUAAAUGAGCAUGUGGAUUCCAACAUGUAUUCCUUCUAAUGUCCAGCAGAGGGCAGCUUCUUGGACAUAAAAAUUUGUCUGAUUGUAUAGAGGCCCACUACAAAGUUAUCGCUCCUGUACAUGCAGGUGACAGAUACUGUUGAGCCAAUUAGAGAUCCAGUUUUUGUGUCACGUGCUGCUUAAGUGUUGGGUCACUUUGAUAUCUGAGGGGAAUUGUUCAGGUUUGAUUUGCACAUUUCUUUAAGAAAAGGUUUUCAAUGGACUUUUCUUUUGUUCAGGGACUCCCAAUAACUGUAUCCUGCAGUGAGGCUCUUUUGGUUUAUUCUGAUAACAACCUCUUUGCCUUGCACAAUUACAAAACUGUAUUUCCUCAACACAGGAAAAUCAGCAAAAUCAGUACAGCAUAGAAUCGCGAUAUUUUAUCUGGUGAUAUAUCGUCUCAUUUACCAGGUAUCGAUAUUUUCAAAUUAAUUGUGAAUAUGAAGUCAAAUCGCUGACAAAGGGAAAAAUAAAAUUAACUGUUAGUCCAGUGUGGUUGUCAGAGGUGACAUCAUAGAGCAGGAGAAAGUUAGUGCAACAAAUAUAUAUAUCGUUUGCAAGAUGUGCUUCAUAAAAAUACAAUACUGUGUAAAUAAGACAAACAUAAAAGAAAGACAAAUGCUAAAUUAGCUAAACAGUUGAAAAAAUUGUACAGAUCGCAAUAUAUUGUAUCACAAUACUCACAGUAUAGCAAAAUGUUAAAAAUCGCAAUAAUAUCGUAUCGUGGCCCAAGUAUCGUGAUAGUACCGUAUGGUGGGGCCACUAGUGAUUUCCACCCCUUCUAAAUACAGGAUCGCCUGAGUGAUCAUAAGUAAUUAAUAAACUAUCAGUGGAAGUCAAACAAGAUUUGGAUUUUGGUGCCUCACCGUUUUUAUCAUUUAAAAGCCUGGCUGUGUUUUGCAGUAACAUGCAUUUUACUAGUUACUUUUUAGGUGCUAAACUGUGGUUUGUAGGAACAAACAUUUGCCAGCAUAGGCCAGUAAUUAUUCUACGCUUUGUAGUAGCAAACAAGCUCCUCUGUGUAGUAAUCAUGCAACUGUGUUCUUUUGUAAUUGUAUCACAGUCUAAGUCUUGUUAAAAAGACCAUUGAUUUAAUAGCAACAGGCGUUUUAAUUUGAAAAGACUUUUAGAGGUGUUGACUCAGAAAGAUGACCAGUCAUUAAAUAUAAAUAUAAAGGCCUUCUUCUAACACAAGCUUCAUUCAAAUCCAGGAUCAGUGACUUUAACAAACAGAUAAUUGUAGGUCCUGCUCACUUUUUGAGGAAAUACAGUGUUUGGACCAAAAGGUAUUUGAAAAAAACCAAAGCGCCUGGUGCAGUUUCUGAGUUUUGGGAACCUCUGUUUAUCUGGGCACUCGGCUUGAGUUCAGAAUGCAUUUUGAGCUUCCUCUGAUCUGGAGAAAAACUUGAGAUAAACCAGAGUUCAUUCUGCGGUUGAAAACAGCUUGUAACAGAUCUGUAUGUCUUGAUUAUUCUUGCCACUCUCCACUGGCAUAACGGUCAGAUUCCCAUAUUCAAAGCACAAUAAUGUGCGACCACUUGGGUUCAAUUGGUUUUCUUUAAAUUUACAAAAAUCACAGAUGAAAAGGUUUAUCUCAAGUGUGCAGAGACAGAAGAGGAGCAUUAUACCACACUGAGUGUGUGUGUCCUCUGUUUGUUCCGGCUGGUGGAGCCACAGUGUGUGUGCAUGUUGUGGGAUCUGGAUUUUUGUCUCUCUUUUACCUGACAGGUAAACGUAAAGCUCUGAAGCUGAACUUCGCAAACCCUCCAGUGAAACCGGCCUCCAGGCUCCCCAUCAACCCAACACCCCCUUCUUUCCAAAACCCGCACAUGUGAGUACAGACAGGGAGGAUGGGAUUCUCAUUUCAUCUUGGAAGCAUGUAAAAAAACACUCGACCCAACCCCAAAAACUCUCAAGAUUCACUUUGUGGGGUGUCCUCAUUCUGGGGAUUCAGAAUAUGGUCACCCUAGAGCAGUGGUUCUCAAGUCCAGUCCUCGAGCCCCCACUGUCCUGCAUGUUUUGGAUGUUCCCCUGCUCCAACACACCUGAUUCAAAUGAUCAGCUCGUUAUGAAGCCAUUCCAGCCUUGAUAACGAGCUGAUCAUUUGAAUCAGGUGUGUUGGAGCAGGGAAACAUCCAAAACAUGCAGGACAGUGGGGGAUCAAGGACUGGACUUGAGAACCACUGCCCUAAAACUAUGCAAGUCUCCCACAGUUUUAAAUCAGCUUAGACCACCACCAGAGGGCAGCAAAGACAAGUUAUUAAACUAUUCACUUCAGAUGUUUACAACAACUUAAAAGAGAUCUGUUUUCUGAAACUUGGUGUUUCUCAAUAAAAGACGAAAGCAUUUAUAAUCAGUUAUAUCAAUUUAAACUCUCAGAACAGCUUAAACAUAUUAAACUUCUGUGCUGAGUGUGGAGUGAAGAUCCAGUUUUCAUCCCCUUGUUGUGAAAAGUAAUGAAAGAGGAGAAGUGAUCGAUAACACCUCCUUAAACCUGCCAGUUAACUACUACUUUGUUUCUUCAUCUUCUCCUCUCCUGACAGAGAGCGUCUGCGAACGCACAGCAUCGAGUCGUCGGGAAAGCUGAAGAUUUCUCCGGAGCAGCACUGCGACUUCACGGCCGAGGAUCUGAGGGACCUCGGGGAGAUCGGCCGGGGAGCAUACGGCUCCGUCAACAAGAUGGUCCACAAACCCACGGGACUGAUCAUGGCUGUCAAGGUGAGCAGCUGACUCAUUCAAAUACUGUUGGGAUAAGCGAUUUUUACAAAGUGGUAAAUGUCACAAAGAAGUGGUUUGAUGGAUGUAGAUAAAAGUUUUUUUUUUUUUUUUUUGCAAAGUGUAAAUGACUGAAAAAGAAGGGGGACUAAAUGCUUCAAAACACGUUCUUAUGGCAGGAGUAACUCUGAUCUGUGAACAUGUUUGUUGGUGUUUUUGUGUCUCAGAGGAUUCGUUCCACUGUGGAUGAGAAGGAGCAGAAGCAGCUGCUGAUGGAUUUGGACGUGGUGAUGAGGAGCAGCGACUGUCCCUACAUCGUCCAGUUCUACGGAGCGCUUUUCAGAGAGGUACCGCUGGAGAUGAAUGACCCUGAACGCACCACAGCCUGCUCAUCUCAACACAGCAGCAUUUAUCCCACAGGCGUCUCAUGUUCCUCUUCUCACUGUGUGUUUCAGGGCGACUGUUGGAUCUGUAUGGAGCUUAUGUCUACCUCAUUAGACAAAUUCUACAAAUAUGUGUAUUGUGCAUUAGAUGACGUCAUUCCAGAGGAAAUAUUAGGAAAAAUAACAUUAGCUGUGAGUACAUGAGGCACUUUUUUUCCUGCAUUUGAGUCGAUCUGUGAGUGUGUAAGUCUUUUUAAAACAGAGCUGAGGUGUUUUUCUUUGUCUUUCACAGACGGUUAAAGCACUGAACCACUUAAAAGAAAACUUGAAGAUAAUCCACAGAGGUGAGGAAAAUUCAGAACCAGUAUUUUUGUGCUAGUAUGUGCAAGAUACUCCGUGUUAUAAAGAUACAGGGUGACCGCGUCUCCUUAAAAAGUCUUAAAUACAUUUUUACCAAUAAAAGGCCUUAAAAAGUUUUCAAGGAAUAUUCAAGGAAAAUUAUGAAAUUAUUAGAAAUGCUCUUUCACUAAUAAACACAUUUGAAUAAUGUUCUUGAACAACUGAUUAUUUUUAUUUUUCCUUACUGUACUUUUUUAACUGGCAUCAAUGCCUUUAAUUGUAAAAUAAUAUAUUUUCACUUUGGUCUGUAUUUCCAUCGCAACUUUGGUCUUAAAUUUUCUUUACGGUGUUUUUAAAAGGUCUUAAAAAGUCGCAAAUAUAACUUCUUCAUACCUGUAGUCAUUUCAGAUUAUUUCUUUGUUUUUUUUUUAUUAUUUGAAUUCUAAUUUUUAUUUGUUUACAGACAUCAAACCUUCCAACAUUCUCAUGGACCGACGGGGGAACAUAAAGCUGUGUGACUUCGGUAUCAGCGGCCAGCUGGUCGACUCCAUAGCAAAAACCAGAGACGCGGGCUGCAGGCCGUACAUGGCGGUAAGAAAUCAGGAACUUUAAAUCAGAGACUUUCAGCUAAAUCCAACAGAACUUAAAAUGUCACACAUCAGCACCAGACUAAGACUACUUCCCUUUGUUUUUCAGCCUGAGAGAAUAGACCCCAGUGCUUCCAGGCAGGGCUAUGACGUUCGCUCUGACGUUUGGAGUUUGGGAAUCACUCUGGUAAGAAGAAGAACAAUAACGAAGCUCUGACCCGUGUGAUACUUGUGUGUUAUAAUGUUUUUGUUUGUGCCUUUAUUUCAGUAUGAGCUGGCCACAGGACGGUUCCCGUACCCAAAAUGGAACAGUGUUUUUGAUCAGCUGACUCAAGUGGUGAAAGGUGAACCGCCUCAGCUCAGCAACUCGGAGGAGAGACAGUUCUCCCCAAAGUUCAUCAGCUUUGUUAACCUAUGGUGAGUUCAUUCACAGCUCAGUGUGCAGACUACAACAACUGUAUUCUAGGACUGGGUGAUUUGGCCAAACAGAUGAUCAUGAUAUAUUUUGUCAUAUCGUCUGAUCUUGAUUAUUAUCACGAUUUUUUUUUUUAAAACUGCCAGUUUUAACGCAUCUGUACUAAAAACUAAAGGAACUUGAGAUUAGUUCAACAUUUUAUUAACAUACAAAGUGGGGCCUGACCGAUAUGGAUUUUUGGGGGCCGAUGCCGAUACUGAUUACCGAUUAAUCGGCCAAUUUUUUUAUUUUUCAUGAAGUUUUAAAAUGUGUUAAUUUAAGUAAUAUAUCAACAUAUUUACUUAUCUUUUUUUAACAAAUGCCUUUUGAACAUUUAAAGAAUUAAAGGCAGAAAACUCAUCUCAAAUCCUUUUUUUUUGCUAAAACAACUGAAAAAGAACGAGGUAUUUUGUGUAUAAAGCAAACAGUUUACUUCCAACUCUUUCGCUCAAGGUGAAGUGGUCCCACACCUUGCUACGCUCACUUUCUUUUGACAUCUGUAAAAACAACAACUAAAAGAAAGAUUACCGAUUAGUCUCAAACGGGCUGAAAUUGGUCGAUUUAAUCGGCUCGCCGAUAAAUGGCAGGUAUGAGGAGGUGGAUUUCAGCGUGUUACAUUUCUUGCACAGCGCGAUGAAGAGGGAAAAAUUGUUCUUAAGCACUGUCUGGAGCAUCUAGGCCUGUUGUUAGAGAGCGCCCUCAGGAACACUUCAAGUUGGGGUUGAAGAAUUUGUGCCAUCUAGUGGUGAAAAUGCAGACCACAGUUGUUUGAGUUUGUUUAAAUCUCACUUAAGGGUGUGCAGUGAUUAGCUAAGGUGACUUUUUAUGAAUUCAGUGUAGAAAACCACUGAUACUCAUGGAUUAAUCAUCUUGUAUUUGUUUUUUUUUCCUGUCCAGCCUUACAAAGGAUGAAUCUAAAAGGCCAAAGUACAGGGAGCUUCUGGUAAGUUCUUGGACAUCUGUAAUUAAACUAGUUUGGUGGGGUUUAGGAGAUUUCCACAGGCUUGUCAGUCUUUCAUUGGGGUGUGAUCAGGAGCAGAAAUAUAAUCAAUGAUCCUUUAUUUACGUCUAACAUCACCUCUUUUCUCUCCCACAGAAACGUCCCUUCAUUCUGAUGUACGAGGAGCGCUACGUGGAUGUCGCCUCUUACGUGUGUCGCAUCCUGGAUCAGAUCCCCGCCUCGCCCAUCUCUCCCAUGUACGUCGACUAAAGGAGAUAAGCUUUUUUUGGGGGGGGGGGAUGGGGUGGGGUCUCAGGGGGGUUAACACACUAAGCUUUGUGAUGCGACGCUCGACAUGUUAGCCCUCGGUAGUUUAUUCACAUGUUCCAAAGAACAGAGGAACUCCAAAAUUGCCCGGUGCAAUGAGAAAAAUAGAAACCUUUCCACCUCCUGUCACCUCAUUCAAGUAAAAUAUUAUCAUCCAUCUUCACCCCGAAAAAAACAAACAAAAAAAAAACAAACUUGAAGACAAAACUUUGUCUUAGGAAAAUGCAUCUUUUAUGUGAGCAGAUAGAGAAACAUAUAUGGUAUAAAUAUAUUUACUUGAAGUUGAUGUACACAGAAACAGAAUCUACCAAAUAAAAUGUUGAACAGUGACACAGAACAACAACAUAAAAAAACAAACAAAAAACACCUGUUGGAUUGUACAUGUGGACUGUAUGUUUGCAUAUGUGUGUGUGUUCACCUCUAAAAUGUACAGAUGUAUGCAGAUAGACCUAAACACACACUCUCUCUCUCUCUCUCUCUCACACACACACACAGAGUUUUGGAGCAGUUUGUGUGCACCUUCACUCAUGAUAAAGAUGAGCAUGCAAAGUGUUUCUCUGCGGAGAGCUCAUGGAUUCGGUAGCGUGGCUUUAUUCUUCUUUUGUUUUGUUUCUUUUUUGUCAAUAUGCAAUCUGUGAGAGUUUGUCUCGACUCCUGGUGGGGACAGAAACAUUUCUCACUUCUAGUGUCAGCUCCAGUUUGUGCACUUUUUUUUUUUUUAUUUUGCCAUUACAUGACAGUCCCAGAGCUAAAAUCCAUCUUUCUGGUAGGAUAAUCUUGACAAAAUGCAACAGACCAUUAAACAAAACAAGAUAUUAGCACAAUCAAUAUUUUCAGUAUAUUUCUAAUCUGAGAAGUUUUGGGCCUUUGGGGUCAGCUGGCUUUGAAUUUUUUUCAGCUCAACCAAAUGAACCUUUUAAACUCUAAACUGGUUUAUGCAGCAGAAACUUAGCCUGGCUGGGCCAUCCAGUUACAUGCCAGACAUCUUUGCCGUUCCUUCAGUUGCCGUUCCUUCCCACAACAGUCUGGACUUCGGCCAAUUGGGAGUGUGUAUUAGAAAUCAGAAAAUAACCGGGCCAAUCAGUGACUGUGUUUCCACUGUUCCCUGGACAACAGUGAAAGGCAGCCCCUGACACACCUGAUUCAAAUGAUUAGCUCGUUAGUAAGCCAUUCCAGAGCUUGAUAAUGAGCUGAUCAUUUGAAUCAGGUGUGUUGGAGUAGAGAAACAUCCAAAACAUGCAGGGUUCCUACGCAAAAAAAAGUUAAAAAGUAUGAAAAAUAAAGUAUGGAAAAAUAUCUGUUUCCAGACUAUUAUCACACUUCUAAAAUACUGUUUUCUAAAAAUAGCAAAGUAGGUAUUUCCAAAAAUAAUUCCAAAAAGUAGGUUAUGGAAAUUCCAACUGUGUAGGAACCUUGCACAUGGAAAGACAAAGCCCCAAAUAUUCCAGAAAUAUACUUCUGCAAGUUUUAUUCAGUGGCCUUCUUGGUUUUCCUGAGAUGAUCCUCGAAACUUGUUUUUUAACUUUGUGACUCACAUGUAAUUGCAUCCAAAAAAAAAAAAAGGGCACAAACCUAGACUGACUCGAUGCUACAUUGCCUGAUGUAAAGUUACUUUAGGACCUCAUGUCCUCUGAUGUAAAUGUGUUUGUAUAUAGAACAUCUAAUCUGCUGUUUCUGGCAGGCUCUGACUCGCACUUUCAGGCUCAGUUUUAAACUCGGGUCAUGAAAUUAAAUGAUGAGGAUUUCAAGGGAAGGGUACAAAGUGUUGGGGUGAGAAGAUAACAGGAGGAGUGUCUUUAAUUUGCAUUUUGGGAAUAAAAGUCAUUCUAGAAAUGCCAGAAAACACUCAAUCGAGUCAUAGUAGCGUGGAUGAAGAAACACUAGAUUUCAAGUGUAAGUCUUGAUUUUAGGGAAUGAGUUGUAAUAAGCCUUUAGUUAAAUGAGUAAUGCACAAAAAGGAGGAAUGUGGAGAACUGUGUAAAUCUCAUACAAAUGAUUUAUGAUACAAAAUUGCAACUGAAAUAAAUCAUGGCGUCAUUCUGUAAAGUAGGCACAAUAAAAUGAUAUAAUUCUAGCAGAAUUAUAAUUUUACUUUUUGUAAGUUUACAGCUCAGUGCUUUAGAGAUUAUGACUACAGUCUAGUGAAAUCUUGACUUAAAAUGAGGACCCCAUUCUUGUAAAAUUCUGACUUAAUUUUAUGAGAAUAAAGUCCUUUUUAAAAAAAUAAAUAAGAGACUUUAUCCUUGUAAGAUCGCAACUUCAUUCUUUUUAAAAUUGCAAUUUUGUACUAAUAAAAAUUUCAAAUUAAUUCUGGAAAAAUUCUGCUUUUAUUUUGGUAAAAAAAAGCGACUUAAUUCCCAUAAAAUUCUGGCUUCAUUCUCAUUCAGGUACAGCUUUAUUCUUAAAGGUUUAUCUGAAUAUUAUUCUGAAAAAUUUACCACUAUUUUUUUAAACUUUUAUGAAUUACCUUAUUUGUAAUGAAGCAUCUUAAUACUAAGGUUUAAAAGACAUCAUUGAGUUUGUCUAUCAAUAGUAGGAACAAAUCAUGGUUGCAUUUCUUCACAUUUCAGGCUUUUUUCAACAUUUUUGCUUCAUUAUGAAAAUGCAAAUUAAAGAAAGUUUCUCCUCCUUUAUUUUUGUCCUUAGCGCUAAUCCCUUCCUGUAGAAUAAAAAUGUUUACUCUUCAUGCCCUUCCUUUUAAAAAUGAGCCUGAAAGCUCCUCAGCAGCCUGUCAAAGCACUGUACAGUUAAACCGCUCAUCCACACUGAUCACAGAUCCACCGUGCUGCCACCGACAGGCAAACAGUAGAAACUACACUUUGAAAGAGUCCCAGUGAGGACUUUCUGAAAAUGUCACCCAUGAUGCUGCUAAAAGACGUCAGUCUACGUCUGUAGAGGAGGAAGAUCUCUCCUCGAUCUGUUUCUGCUUUUGACCCCUAAUGGCCAUCAUGACUCAGCAUGUUUGUCCAUGACUCGGCAUGUUUCUCAUGUUUGCACUGAUGAUCGAAUGUUUCCCACUAUGAACUAUGUGUAACAUCCAAAAGCAUCUCAGUGAGUCUCUUUUUCACCUGAUCUGUUCACCCGCAAGGACAGAUAGAGGGCGCUACAGCAAGAGACUAUUAAGACCCAUCUGCAGUCGAUCUGCCUCAGAGAGCCACGAGUAAUGGCGCGUUCAAGUCACCUCGGAAUUCAGAUGCCGGAGCUGAAAAUGACGUCACACCCAAGUCCCCAGCGUUCCAGUUACCAAGUCGGAAAAAAGGAAAAUCGGAGGCCUGAAACAAGAUUGCUACAUCUACAAAAGUUACUUUAGCGCAUUUCUUAUAUUCGGAUAAGGCAAACACUAAAAUAACUUUCGUAGAUGUAGGUAUCUUGUUUCUGAAAUGCUGGUAACUCGGGUGUGACGUCAUUUUCAGCUCGGACAUCUGACUUCCGAGGUAACUCGAAUGCAGCACAAGACUUGGAGAUAAAACAGCUUAAAAUGAGUCACUAAUCCAAACUCUCUGUCCUAAAAGUGGUCCUUAAAAAAUGGAGUCGGUAGAGAUCUGCCAUCUUGCUAGAAUGGCAUAUUUGGCAGCCACUAGGGGCAAAAUUUAGCCACUAAUUUCCACGUAACAUUUUUUUUUACUGCAGCAAAUAAAAGUCCAGUUAUUUUCCUCCCAUGUUUUCCCAAUAUUAGUGACUUUAUGUUUUAAAUGGGUCCUUAAAGGGUUAAAAUUUGGAUUCUUAAUGAAACAUCCAGACUGUAGGAGAUGCAUCAUAGAGCAGACAUGAUUCUUACUUCACAGUAAAACGGAGAAUUGUGUCCAAUCUGUUCUUUAUCUGUAACGUGAAAUGGUGCAAACACACUGAGGGCAUGACAGUCUCCACAUCUGUUUUCACUCGUGGGAUACAAGAAGCUAACUUACCGCUGGUGAACAUGAGUCUCCAGGGUACAUGUUGUAAAAAUUGCAAUUUACUAGAAUGUUCAUAUUAGAUUAUAAGAUAAUAUUAAGGGCGAUGAAUAUUAUAUUGUAUCUUUAUCAAGGGUUACAAAUAAAGUUCCCGUGGAAAAAAACUGAACCCCUGUGUCGUCGUGUCUUUCUUGGCUUAAAUAAAGCAGCAGACGUGGUUGUUGCUGUGAUCAGUUUAUUGCUGUUGUAUACACAGGAUGCAGUCAGAUACUUUUUAUUUUAUUUUUUUUUACAAAAGAAAAGCAAGUCAGUGGCCAAGCAACGUGAAGCUUCUGUCGAGUGAUCAGGGAAAAUUAUUCUAAAAAAAUAAAAGUCGUAUGAUGGAAAAGGAGAAGUGAAAAGCUCUCUUGAGAAGUCGGGAUGUGGUUUGGUAGAUCAAACUAAAUAAGACCCACAACGUGACUUAUUUCUACAAAAAAUACACCUCAGUAUUGUUGAACAUUUCAGGGUAUAAAUGAGUUGUCUUUACACCUUAUGUUAGCAAAAGCAUAAAACUGUACGUAAGAAGUGGAUAUAACUUGUUAAAUUUGUAUUCUUUUUCAAUGUCCAGCAGGGGGCAGCCCUUUAAACGAAGAAAUUUAUCAAUUUCAUUCCCUCAGUAAACGUCUCCCUAAAAGUUUAUGGUUUCUACUUUUGGUUUUAUUACUGUCAUUACUGUUGCAAACCCUGAGGAGCAAUGUUUUAUUUAGGAUAAAUAAAGACAUCAGAGGUCAAAGAGGGAGAAAAAAAGAAAAGAUGUCUGUUUACAUGCGGCACUAAUGUGAUCUAUUCUUUAGCUGACCCUCGCCUUAAAGGGAUAUUCCAGCUUAUUCCUGAUGAGUCAAUCACCGAGUGCAGCAGAUCAUUUCCUUGAAGUAAUAAUCAUCAUAAUAAUCAUUUUGCACUGCAGACGCUGUAGUUCUUCUGCCUUAGCAUCUCGGUCUGAUUGCAUUUCCAUGAAGUAAUAAUCAUAAAUGUUCUUCCUUGAGCUGCGAAAUUCCGCUGCACUUGGUAAUCGACUCGUCAGGGCACCCCCACAAACAAGCGGCUGCUGAAGGAGAGUGGGUGAGUUGUGUUUGGUCUCUUUUCUAACGAAAUUAGGAAAAGCUAAAAAGAUGUUUGAUGGCUAGUACUAUAUGUACUGUUGAUGAAGUUAGGUGCUGUUCUGAGCAUUAUUUGCGGCUAUAGAGUGGCUUUUUGGUUGAGGUUUGCGCGUUUGCACUGUGUAUUGCUAUUGUGCGGUCAUUACUGAAGUUAGUAUAACUAGAGAAGCAAGCAGUCAGCAACAUUCAUCUCUCUUGGGGGUGUCUAACUGUGUUAUGGUUUGUUUGACCGCUUACUUAAAUUUAUGCCGGAAUAUUCCUUUAAACGCCUCUGAUUACUGAUGUGAUUACUUCAGACUGCCGAACUCAUGUGUCAGAUGGUAGUUAGUACAUCCACUUUUAAUGCACAGUCUGUGAGCUGGAGCAAAACAAACAAGCAGACUUCAAGCUUGACUCUUCAGCUGACCAGGACCACAAAAUCUCAAAUUUGAGCUUAUCUGUGUGCCUAUGACAUCGUAAGUGUGAGCUUUAGCCUUAACAUGAGUGUGAAAACAGAGUGAAAUUACAGUUUUCUUUAAACUCUUUUAGGUUUUUACAUGUGGGGGAAAAACAGUGUCUGCCUUGUGUGAAGAUAUUUUAAGUUGACGCUGUGUUAAUGUGCAGUUUUCACAGUACAGAUUUGAAUAUAUUACACUUUUCUAUUCACAAGUGCUAAUUCAGGUCAUUUCUAACUCAUAUGACUGUUAACAGGUAAAACGAUCAUGGAAAGCAUGGCUUUUCAAAGUGGUUCCUUCACUUUUUCUCACAUUUUCAAGGAAAAAAGGAUCAACUAAAGAAACGUCCAGGGUAAAAAUGGCAGCGCUGGAGAUUUCAAAAAACUCAAAAAGAGCCCUAAUUCAAAAGAAGGAAUGUCAGUAUAAAUACAAGAUAAAGAAUACAUAUCAAAACAAACAAAAAUAACUGUGGUUAGCCUUGGAUUAACUUAACUUUAUUUUCUGGCCACUGUUGAACUUUCUAAAUUAUUAUCAGCCUUAGCGUUUUAGAAAUAUUAAAGGAAACUUCCACAGAUUAUAAGAGCCACAAGAAAAAAAAAAAACAUAAUAUUGUCCUGAUGCUAGGAGAAUAAAGUCGAAAAAAAAAUUGCUGUCUUCCAAAAUUCAUGUUUUUUAUUGCAAGAAUAAAGUUGUGCUGUCGGAUGGGCAAGUCCAGGAAUAAAAAAAACAAAACAUAUAUUUUAGGAAAAUCUCAAAUUUGAGCUUAUCUGUGUGCCUAUGACAUCGUAAGUGUGAGCUUUAGCCUUAACAUGAGUGUGAAAACAGAGUGAAAUUACAGUAGUUUCAGUUUUAGCUUUUAUUUAUAUGAAAACUGUCUUUGUGUGAAGAUAUUUUAAGUUGACGCUGUGUUAAUGUGCAGUUUUCACAGUACAGAUUUGAAUAUAUUACACUUUUCUAUUCACAAGUGCUAAUUCAGGUCAUUUCUAACUCAUAUGACUGUUAACAGGUAAAACGAUCAUGGAAAGCAUGGCUUUUCAAAGUGGUUCCUUCACAUUAUCUUUAUGUGUUCUUUGUAAAAAGGAUCAACUAAAGAAACGUCCAGGGUAAAAAUGGCAGCGCUGGAGAUUUCAAAAAACUCAAAAAGAGCCCUAAUUCAAAAGAAGGAAUGUCAGUAUAAAUACAAGAUAAAGAAUACAUAUCAAAACAAACAAAAAUAACUGUGGACCGUAUUCCUGUAACAUUUAGACCUUUCUUUUAAAUCUCAGAUUUGUUUUUCAAUGUGGCCCAAAAACUGUCUAAAACUGGUGAAAGUUUUUAAUAAAAAUAUGUUUUCAAAUAUUCAACAGUGAUAAAAACUCAUAAGACCAGGUGUUUUUCCAAACUGAUAUCUCUUUUGAAUGUCAUUCUGUGGAUAAAAACAUCAAAUAGUGAACAGAAACUUGUACAAAAAAAAGGUCCUUCAAAAGCAUGACAAACAUUUCUACACACAAACUCUAAGCUCAAGCAAACCGUGACAAAAGUGUAUUUAUGUCGAAGUGCAAGGUGAGAUUUUUUUUGUCAUAUUUACAUGGAUUAUAAUCUGAGUACAUAAUACACAUCAUCGGUGGUUUGUGUCUUCUCCCAUACCGCUGACAAAAUAUGCAGACGUCACUUUGUCUCUGUCAGUACCAAUAGUUAAGAUAUUUACAAAAUAUGAUCAUUUAAAGCAUCCAAUUCACCUUUUGUUUCUUUUUUUUUCCAGUAAUACAAACUCGGAUACGAUAUAUACGAUUGUCAAAAUGUGUCUUCAAGUCUAGGUGGUGUAACACUGAUACUGCAUUAAGUGUUGGAAUAAAGCACUUUAGAUAUGGCUAUCAUGAUCUUCUGCAUCCUUCAUGGUUCUGCUGUGAUACUUGAUUGGCAGUUUUGUGCAUAGUUAUUCAAAGAUGGACAAAGAUUGUGUCAAAAAGCACCUUUUCUUCUGGAUUUCAUGACAUUGACAUGAGAAACUUUCAGUAAAGUGGAGAAAAUAAGUCCAAAAAUAACUCUGCAGUUCAACUUCUGGAGGAGCGAACAAUCUUUGGAUGUCGGCUUGUAGUCUGUUUAGUUUACAUCCCACUGGUUCAAAGGCAAACUGGUGUUUGGACUGAAGCUGCUGAGGCAGAUCUAAAAGUUCUUUGGUGCGGUUGUAGCUGAUGUUAGCAGUUCUUUCAGCUACUUGCCAGCUGGUGUCAAAAGUUUCGUUAGCAUGGUGCUAGCCUGUACUUGGCGGCGGCGUGCUCACCAGUGCUCCAGGUGGAGAUCCAUAGCAGAGUUCAGGUUAAUGUCUGUUACAUCCAAAAACUCUGUGUUGAAGAUGCUCGGCCCAGAGGGUGGAGCCACGUUGAAAGCUGUAGCCGAGCUGGGCGGAGUCAGAUCCAACCACUCCAUCGUCUCCCAUGGCGUCUCGCUGAACGCCAUGCUAACCAUACCCUGCACCUCAGGGACCAUCGUCACCUUGCUGCUGAUGGGCGACAGAGGCGUGUCCAUGAGCUCUCUCUUGGUCAUCAUUUUGUCCUGUUGGGGGUGGUGUGGGUGGCGGUGGUGGUUGUGGGGGCUCCUGUAACCUUCGCCAUCUCUGUUCCCUUCUUCUUCCUGCCCCCCUUCCUCAGCUGCCAUUUUAAGAAGGGCCACUUCCCCUCCCCGACCGACCGGGCAUCCCAGCAGGUUCUCCAGGUGGCUCUCUGUGAUGUGAUUGGCUGAGUGGUCGUAGGGGAGCUGGGAGGGGCUCAGGUGCUCGUAGUGUCGGUGGAACCUCGGGAUGAGGAGGCCGGGGCACCCUGGGGACACAUUAAUGUGAGGCACAACUUUGGUUACAGAGGACCUCUCCCUCUCCUCUCUGGCGUUAGCGGGCAUCUCUUGAAGAGAAAGAGGAGACGAGGGAGGGUCACAGCAGGUUCUGAUCUGACCCCGCUGAGGGGGAACACCGUGACUGUGCAGCUCUAGCUCUGGUGAUAGUGCGGUAUAAAUGACCUUACCUCCACUCUCUAUGAGCACGUCCAGCAGCUCAUCCAUCUGCUGACUUCUGGUCAGUUGCUGUAACAAUAAUAAAAAGUGAUUGUUUUUACAAACUGAAUACUUUCCAACUGUUUUACAAUCAGAUGUAUUCCACGAUUGUGCUGAAGGUAUGGAAGCUUUCAGGCAGUCUAUGAAGAGUUGCAGAGCAGAUUUAUGCAGCACAAACUGUUUUUGAAGGCAGGCUGGUUUAUUGGCUAAAAUGACUCAAAAAAUGACAACAAUCGAGGACAAAAAAACCCUCCAAUAUAAAUCCUGUUUGGUAAAUAAGCCUAAACAAGACAUCACCUGAAAUACUCUCGAUCUCUGACUUUGGUUAAAGACCCGCUCCAGUGAAAAUCUUGUUUUUCUUGUUGUCUACAUGUUCAUAUGACAUUUUUCUGAUGGUACAGGACAUAUCAUGAGAGAAAUUAGUGUGGAAUUGCAUUCCUGAGUAUUUCUUCAUUCAAAUCGUUGUGAAUCUCAGGCAGACCCAAAAGGCAGGUGCAGACACAGUGAGAUUUCCUACAUCACAAAUCCAAGCUCCGCCCCCAGAGCCUCACUAUGCAGGUCACACUGAGAAAUAGAGUGGAAAAUCGCGGAACACGCAUGUGCAUUAAUGGAUUGCAAUACUCUUGAGAAAGCUAAUUAUAGUAUUAGCUUUCAUCAUGUCCCUAAAGAUAUUAGUGUGCAAGAGCUAAAUAGCUCCUAUGUUACCAGAAACUUCUGCUGCACAAGUAAUGUUAGGCUGCAAGCUAGCGUGAAGAGGAGUGUGCAGAUCAGCACUGUCUCCGCCCACGACUCAGACGCAAAUUGCUAAUGAGCUACUGGAGCUCUGCAGAAGAAAAGCCCUUGAAAAUGACAGAGGUAACGCGAUUUUGGCUAAAACCCCCCGCUAUGGGGCUCUGCCCUAGCGGCCUUGGCACUUGAACCUUGUAGUCUAGUUCAGCUAAUUCUUUGAUAUCCCCCAAGACUUAGAAGGUAGCACGGUAUCAUCACAUUCAUCUGUGUCCCAAUUUAGAAAUGGUACAAAUUCAGGGAUACUGAAAAAAAUCUUAAUUUUACUGCCACUUAAUUGACCAGUAGCUAACAAGAAAAUAAACAGUGACUAUUUGAAGAGGCAGAAAGCAUCUCACCAUAGAAUGAAUAUACUAUGGACAACUUGGCUCCACCUUCCAUCAUUAUUUGAAUUUGAAGCCAAAUUGCUCUAGCUAUUUCCAGGAUUUUCUCCACUUCCUGGAACCACCCCUUGCUCUGUAGCAUUGCAUGCAUUCAGCAGGAGAGUUGCUGAGAGUCGCUGUGAUGAUGCUCGGCUCAAACAGUGUAUCCCCCAGGUCAGCUAUGCGAUUUUAUUUACUGCAGCCAGUCACCAGAGGGUGCUGUUCUCACUGUGACUUCACCCAGCGAGGAGGCAGACGACAUCCAUUCUAUAUACAGUCUAUGGUAUUCACUCAUUAGCUCUGUUUAGUUAAAGUUGCUUUUUCAAAGACGUAGAUAUCAGCCAAGGAACAGUUCAAUUUCAACUUUGGAAGUUGCCAAACAUAAUAUUAUAGCUGCCAAGUCCCUAGUCAUGAACUUAAAAUUAAACUUGUUGAUCAAUACGGAAACAGAAAAUUUGUAUUGAUUAAACUGGAAUAACAAUAGUGUAAGAAUAUGAGAGUUUGCAAUCCUGAGUGUGAUGUCAAGAGAAAUUGGCCUCAAAUGGAUGGAUUGGCUAACCUAUAUUAUCAACAUCAUGGUUAAAAAAAAAGGUUUGAACCAAUGAAGAUACAUCUGCCUUCAAAAAUAGUUUGUACCACUUUACCAACAAACUGCUUCAGACUUUUUAAAAGGGUGGACAGUUAGUGCUGUGAAGAAGCGUAUGAAUAAUUAAAAGAGGUGAUGGAGACAAAAAAGAAACAGGAGACAGGAUGAGGAAAGUGGAAUUAGAGCAACGCCAAUAGAUUACAAAUCUCUGAACAGCCAUUGUCUAUUGAAUUUGGUUUGAUUUUGAGUUUACCUGCUUGACUGCAUCCUCAUAGCAUGGGGGCUGUCUUAAGUCAUCUGAAUCUGAGCUACUGAAGGCAGGGGGGGACACCUGGCCCUUUGGACCAACAUGCCGAGGGGAGGGCAAUACUGACAUCUACAUGAAACAUAGGUGAAAAGUGACAUUAGCCCACUAGUAUGUUAAGGGGGUUCAAAGUAUCUAAGAAUCCGGCCUCAUGAUCAGAUAAUCUCAUCAUAUUAAAGAUCCUCUUUAUUAUGAAAGGUUGGCGUUGUUAUCUUUCUGAGAAAAAGUCACCAACACGUGAAGGAGCAUGUGAUGAAGACAGAUGAAGUGACGAUGAACCUCAUAACAAAGACAAUCAUACGGUGUCAGAGACAGCACACAAAUUAAUAGAAAAAGAAAAACAGUUACGUGAACGUGAGGUGAUGAAUACAUGACACUAACACGACAUUGUGAAGGACCUGAAUGUUGACGUAUCGCUCACCUUUGGCUGCAUGUUGUGAUUGUCAGCUUUGGCGGAGCUGCUGUGACCACACUCUGUGGAGUUUGGAAAGACUCCCUGUAGACCUCUUUGGUCAGGAGGAUAGGAGCAGUUUAUUGGCUGGCCACUGUUCUUCUGAUGCAUCUGUAGACAAACACAAAUGGUCAAGUGGUUACGCACCACAAUUACUCGGUAAAGUACCACAGCUACACAGGAAGAUAACAAUAAAUCUUCUGUCAAAAUGUAUGAUUCACAAUAUUACAAACUCCAGCAGACUUUUCCUCCCAACCGAAACCAUCAACAUUGUUUAAAGGAAUAAACACCAA